AUGGGCUGUUGUGGGGGCCGCGAUGAGGAGGUUAGGCUCCGAGAGGAGCAGAAAUGGGAUUACAUUAACCUGAACGACUUUACUACAAAGUCUUGCUGGAUCCCCAUCUCGUACAUGAUCCUCUACUUCAACGUCUUGAUCUCCUUGGCCGUCUACGCGCUCGACACCUUCACGGCCGUUAACUUGCUUGCAUUCUCCCGCUGGUCCAGCCAGAUCAAGCCUGCUAUCCCGCUCGACAUCUCCAAGUGGAUAUUCGCCGGCUGCAUCAUCUUCUCGCUCGUGCUGCUCAUCUACCGCUGGCUGCGCGCAAUCAGGGUUAUCAACUCGGGCGGUAUUGCCCAGUGCUACCUCGACCCUAUCGCCGUCAAGGUCCAGAGUAUUCGCACCAGCAAGCGUGCAUCUGGAUGGAGACGCUUUCUUGUCUUCGCCGAGCUGACCAAGAGUAGAAAGGGAGCGGACUACGUUGCUAUCUUUACUUACUUCAACUUCGAGGGGACCGCGCCAGGUCAUCAAUGGCAUCACCCUCUACUCUGUCGCAAACGAGCAAGACGAAAGCGCAACAAGAACAAGCAAGAGGGAACGUCAGCAAUCUCCCAGUUCUUCAUCAAUAUCGAAGCUCUGGCUGAAAAGGAUAGGCUGCAGGCUCUCAUCCUCUUCUCCAUGCUUUUCACCCUCGUCAUCUGGGCCUUCGAGUUUAUCUCCUUCUGUGUCUCCGUGCUGCUGUAUUUGCUCUUCCUCUGGCACCAUAUCCCGUCAGAGGACGGCACUCUCUCAGUCUACUGUCGUCGCAAGAUCAACAGGCGACUCGAACGCAUCGUCAAGAAGAAGGUCGACAAGGCUCUCACCAACGCUGUCGUCCUACAAGAUAGGAAGCGUACCAACACCGAUCUCGAGACUGGAAUAGCUUCCGUCAAGCGCAACCCUACCUUACCCACUCUUCCCUCAGUCAUGGAGCCGCAACAACCCAAGUUACCGGAGAUGCCGCCUCUUUCGCGCCAGACGACCGUCACUACCUUGCCGCCCUACCGGCCUCAGACAUCCAACACCGAUCGGCCACCGCCUCUGCCAGAAGUCGACUGGGAUGCCCACAACCAUGAACACGGCCAGUACGACCACGACUACGAUGACUAUAAUGGCCAUGAUCACGACCACCAUACUGAUCAUGGCAUGGCGCCAUCUAACUCGAUGCAUCAAAUGCAGUACUCAGACGAUGCCUCUGCUUCUCUAGUGAAUAAUGCUGGUGGUAUUGGAUACUCACCGCCACCGUCGCAAUACGAACAUCAUCCACCACAACAGCAGCAUUACCAGAAUGACCCGAUGCAACGUGAAUACACAAAGACACCUAUGCUCCCACCCGUAGAACGGUACGGCACUCCGCUAUCUGUCUCUACUGCGCAAAUCUUCAACUCUCAGGGGCUUGGUCAAGGCCGUCGCACACCGGGACCCAUGACACCAGGGCCUGGCGCGGGUCCGCGCACUCCGGGCCCAAUGACUCCGGGUCCAGGACCUCGCACUCCAGGACCAUUGACGCCGGGGCCGGGCUCAAUGGGACGCCAAACUCCAUUUGGUCAGCAGCAGCAGCAACAACAGGCCUGGGAUGCCGGAGAAGUGCCAGAUCUACCGCCACACAACCCCCAACCAACUCUUCCACCAAUAUCUCGCCCUGGCACUGCCUUUGCUCCUCCGCCAUCUGUAUCUACGCCUGCGCCAUCGUUUAACCGCGACCGAGAACGUGAAAGGUACGGGCCGUACGACGGCCCACAGAUGUCUUCCGCACCGCAUAUACCGUCUGUCCCAACUCCCACACCGAGCGCGCCUCCUACGAACGGUUACGGAGCACCUUACAGAAACUUUGCCCGACCGUCAUUAGCUCCCUACUCCGCCCUGGGAGGACAAGACAUGCCACCGCGAUCGGAAACUGCACCUUUACCCUCUCACAGCCAUGCGCAGCAGUACAGUCACAGCCAAGUAGGCCAUGGCCAAGCUGCUAGCCAGGACCAUGGACAGCAGCAGCAACAGCCAGGUCUUCAGCAGGAACCUCAAUUACCUCAGAUAGAACCACCAAACAACACACAAAAUGGGUCAUACCCUCCCUUUAACCCAUAA